AUGAAUCGGUUUUUGUGUGAACCCGAUGGUUUAACGCUCAAUACAUCGGCAGCAUAUCGUUUUUCUGAAACAUUGAGCUAUAUUUCUCUUCAUACAUUACCAAUCAUAGCUUUAGCUACUAAUUCAUUAAUUUUACUUCUUGUUCUAACAAAUUCACAAUUAAAUCGUUCGUCAUUUUCUGUUUAUGUAAAAUCAAUGGCUAUAUCAGAUACACUUGUUCUUGUAUUUAAAUUACUCUCAUUUAAAAACAAAACAUCGGUAAUAUUUUAUUCACCAACAAUGUGUAGUGCUUUAGUGUUUCUUCGUGAUGCUUGCGUACUACUAUCUGUUUGGACAAUAGUAUUAAUAACAGUUGAACGUGCAUUGGUUGUUAUAUUUCCAAUACAUAUUAAAAAAUUUGUCUCUGAAUGUCGUGCUCGAGUGUUAAUUAUAUUAAUAGCAUUGAUGAGUAUGAUAUUUUCUUCGCGUGUUUUACUUAUACCAAUUGAUGUGUCAUCAGAACAAAAGAAGCGUUGUCAUCCAGUAGCAGAUUGGCAAAAUUAUCGACAAAUAAAUGCAGCGAUAACCGAAUUCAGCUAUUGCUUUAUUCCAUUAUCAAUUGUUAUUAUUGGUAAUUGUAUAACAUUAUAUACAGUUAAGCGGGCUAUAUUUCAACGACAUCAAGUUUUAACAAAUUAUGUUUAUCAUCAGAAACGACCGUUACAAACAAAUGAAAAUCAAUUAGUGCUUAUGCUCUUUAUUGUUACAUUGAUGUUUAUGGUUUAUUUUCUACCAUUUACAAUAACAAGUUCGAUAUCUAGAUGGGGUUUACCCUUUGGCUUCUGUUUUACACAAAAACAUUUUGAACAUUAUUUGAUUACACGAUCUAUUUUUGAGUUUUUGAAAGACUUAAAUUUUUGCACAAAUUUUAUUAUUUAUUGUAUAAGUGGGCGUAGGUUUCGUUAUGCAUUUUUUUCACUUGUGCAUUGUCGACGUAAUCGGCUAUUUUCCAGUUUACGCUCUUCUAAGAGUACAAAACAACGGACUGAGCAAUUACUACAACAAAAUAUUGUGAAACUAGAUGAUAUCAAUGCAAAACCAACAUUUGAAGGGUCACACAUCUAA